AUGCGAAUUGAGAGAGAAGAAGAGCAAGCGUUUCAAGAUGCAGUCCAUUGUCAUAUUUGUGGAUAUGAAUUGGGUUCUGACCGUGUUCGUGACCAUUGUCAUCUUUCUGGAAAGUACCGCGGAGCUGCGCACAACGAUUGCAAUUUGAACUAUAGUUUUACCGGCCGAAUUCCUGUUAUUCUUCACAAUCUACGUGGGUAUGAUUCUCAUCUCAUAAUGCAAGGACUUGGUAAACUCAAAGAGAAGAAGAUCAACUGCAUUCCAAACAACACCGAAAAGUACAUCUCCUUCUCCAUCGAUAAUAUGGAUUAUAUCGACUCCUUACAAUUCAUGAAUGCAUCGUUGGAGAAGCUAGUAUCUAAUCUAGCAAAGGACGGCGUUGAAAAGUUCCCCGUUCUAAAGAAAUAUAUCGACAGCGACAAAAUAUCCCUUCUGCUAAGAAAAGGCAUCUACCCCUACGACUACAUGGAUUGUACAGAGAGAUUCAAUGAACCAACCUUACCAUCGAAGGAAUCCUUCUACAACGUGUUGAACGACGAACAUAUUUCAGACGAAGAUUACGCACACGCGACGAAUGUAUUUAACAAGUUUGCCUGUCGGAACAUGGGUGAUUACCAUGAUCUGUACUUAACGUCGGACGUUCUUCUCCUUGCGGAUGUGUUUGAAAAUUUCCGAAGCGUGUGCCUCAAAGCCUACAACUUGGAUCCCUGCCACUUCUAUACAAGUCCUGGUCUAGCCUGGCAAGCGUGUUUGAAAAUGACUGAAGUCGAACUCGAGCUGCUGACCGAUCCAGACAUGUAUCUAUUCAUCGAAGAAGGUCUUCGCGGUGGAAUUUCAAUGAUUAGCAACCGCUAUGGUAAAGCCAACAAUCCAUACGUUCCCGAUUAUGACCCAGAACAAGAGACCUCCUACGUGAUGUAUCUUGACGCUAACAACCUCUAUGGCUGGGCUAUGUCGCAACCUCUACCCACGGGUGAGUUUGACUGGCUAACCGACCAAGAGAUUGCAGAACUCGACAUCACGGACGUUGCGGACGAUGACGAUGAAGGCUACAUAUUGGAAGUAGACCUACACUAUCCGUCCGAAUUACACGAUCUUCACAACGAUUAUCCUCUAGCACCUGAGAAAAUGAAGAUUUCUUCAGAAAUGUUGUCACCAUACUGCCAGGAUCUGUCGGAAAGUUUGCAACUUCGUGGUGGCGCUGUGUCUAAAUUGGUGCCGAAUCUACAAGACAAGAUCAACUAUGUGGUCCAUUACCGCAAUUUAAAGCAAUACCUGGCACUUGGCAUGAAGUUGACAAAGAUCCACCGCGUUUUGGUAUUCCAACAAAGCCCAUGGUUAAAGACCUACAUCGAUUUCAACACCGAGAAACGAAAACAUGCAGCAAACGACUUCGAGAAAGAUUUCUACAAGUUGAUGAAUAACUCGGUGUUCGGCAAAACCAUGGAGAAUUUGAGAAAGCGCGUUAACGUCAAGCUCGUCAACGAUAAGACGAAACUAUCGAAAUUGAUAGCAUCUCCUUCCUUUGACUACUUCCGCAUAUUCUCAGAGGAGUUGGCAGCUGUCAACAUGAAGAAGACGAAGCUUUACCUAAACCGCCCCAUCUACGUCGGAUUCACCAUCCUGGAUCUCUCCAAAGUACUCAUGUAUCAGUUUCACUACGAGUACAUGAAACCCAAGUAUGAGUACAACGCAAAGUUGUUGUUCACAGACACGGAUAGCCUUUGUUACGAGAUUAAGACCGACGACGUUUAUCAAGACAUGUUGCAAGACAUCGAUCUCUUUGACACAUCCGAAUACGCACGAGACCAUCCACUGCACAGCCUGACGAACAAGAAAGUCCUUGGCAAAAUGAAAGAUGAAACGCAUGGCAUACCCAUCCAAGAGUUUGUUGGUUUGCGACCGAAGAUGUACUCCAUUCUCUAUACCGAAAACGACAAGCAAGUGGAGAAGAAAACGGCUAAAGGAAUAAAGAAGUCCGUCACGAAACGAAAGCUUCGGCACACCAACUACAAGGAAUGUUUGUUUGAUAAGAAACGGACAAUGGCCAGCAUGAAUCAGAUUCGAAGUGAACGCCAUGAAAUCUACUCCAUUAAAUUGAACAAGAUUGGUCUUAGCCCUUAUGACGACAAACGCUAUAUUAUAAACGAUGGAGUGAACACUCUUGCUUAUGGACAUUACCAAAUCAUAAGCACAGACGAGUGA